CACACAUGUAAGCUUGUGUUCCUAAACUUUGUUCCACGUUCUGGUGUACUUGUUACACUUCCAACAUAAUUAGAAAAGCAAUAGGAAUAGAAAUAAAGACAACAUAGAGAAUACUUGUAUUAGAAUGCAAUUUAGUGUGGUUAUGAAGCAAUAUAUCUUUUUAGUAGUAAACUAUAAAAUUGGAUAUUUUACAACAGGAAAUAAAAAUGACUGAACCUAUCAAAGAAUUGUUCAGUGUUUCUAUUGCACCGCUAGUGACAAAGAGUUUUGCAGUUCGCUGGACUCAGGAUAAUCAUAUAUCUGUUAUUACUAAAAAGGGAGUUCAUGUUUUUGAAUUAAUUCCAACACCAACUCAGCCAUGGCCAGUAGCCAAAUUCUAUCGGACCUUUGUUUACCCUCCAGAAAAUAUGCCAGCAAUGGAAUUUGUCUCAGUGGUGGAGGGUGCUCUGUGGAAAAUGAAGAAGGAAGAAGUUUAUUCGCUAUUGAUGGAUGAAGCAUUAACUCCAUGCAUUCCUUCCAUCUCUGAUUCUACUCCAUUUAUUACAACUACAGAAUGGUCUCCAAGUGGUUUAAUGCACCCAAGUAAAUGUCUUUUAGGUAUUGUUACCUCAGUAGGAGCUGCUGUAGUACUUUUCAAUAUUUCUACUAGUUGGUAUCAACUCAUUGACGUGUCUUCAUUAUGGUAUACUCAAAUUCAAGAAACGUUUCCUUCUUAUUUUACGAAUUCGUCAGACAUCAAAAUUUCACAUUCAGUCUUGACAAAAAAUCUCCGGCGUUUACAAGCUACCUGCAUUACUUGGAGUAAAUUAUUUACGUCGAACAACUCUUGCUAUGCCUACUUCAGCACUGCUUAUCGAAGUUCUGAUUUAGCAGUGUGGAAAGUUUUUAAGGUAUCCCAUCAAGCACUGGAUGCAACUCCUACCCUUGUCUAUACAAUGCAGACAAAUGUUGAUUCCAAGAUAAAUUUGAUGACAUUUAAUACUCUUAAAAAUAAUAAACAUCUCUUAAUCAUCGGCUACAUCAAUGGCUUGAUACAUGGUGUUCUUCUCAACGAAACUGAGGGAACACUAAAGAUGCAAUCAUGUCAAAAAUACUAUAAUUGUGCAGAUCGCAUUUCUGUGAACUGCAUAGAAUUAUUACAUCAAGACCAAUAUGUGUCUAAUAUACUUAUAACCAAAGGUUCCAUUCUUAUAUUCUUAAAACUCAACUCAGAUGGAAUAUUACUCGAUAUGCAACAUAUACAAUUAGGAACCUUUUCAAUAUCAGGACUAACAGUCACUGGCAAGGAUCAGGCUUACAUAACUACGCAAGAUGGUGCACUGAUAUCGUUAUACAUACAAAAUACCAAGAUAACAACUAAACGCAUAAAUCACAGUACAUCCCAAGCACAGCUACAACAAUAUUUAGGACUAUCAUGUUCACCUAACAAAAUAUUAUUUGUAAACGUGACUAGUCCCAAUUCCAUGUAUGAUCAUUUGGUCAUACGCGAGCCAAGCAAAGUUUCUCUAUUCACUUUGGAAGCAAAGGAAUUUGAUCCAGUGUCAUUAUUAUAUGAAAACCCAAGCAGAACAUUAAAAAAUCACUGGGAUUGCUUAGAGACAAUUCGUUUGACGGCAGCAAAAUCAGAGAAUUUUUCAAAAGUUUUUCCAAAAGUGCCAACGAAUCUAGAAUCUCUACCUUUGUAUGAACUCCGUAUUGCCAUGUGGAUCUCAACAAUGUUGGACAUCUGCAAGAAGAAGGACCUUCUCAAGAGAUCACAAAUAGUGGUAGAGAUAUCAGAAGCUCAACCAUUAGUGUUCAUCCACUGCGCAAUAGACAUUUUGGAACGGCUAAAAAAGAAGACCUCGUUAUCCAAGGAUAAUAAAAUUUGCAUACGUCUUUUGAGGUCCUACUUGGAGGUAUAUCUGGCCGGCGAAGAAGAUGACGAAGAUACAAACUUGACACAGUUAGUUAAAGAAACUCUUAAGGAUACUGCUCAUAUGAGCACACCAGAGAAUGAACUUUGUACUCUCUGUGGGGAAGUGAUAAGCGAUCUAUCUUGGAAUGUAACCCGCUGUCCUUCAGGACAUCAGAUUCCUCGUUGUGCACGCAGUCUGCUACAAAUCUCGUCGGUACAAUAUCGCUCCUGUCCCUUUUGCGGAUUACUCCUACAUCCUUGGCUUGAUGAGGAGUACGAGGAACCGCUCUGUCCAUAUUGUCAAGUGCCAGCUCUUUACGAUGGACGCGUCCUCUCUGUCAGUGAUACGAACGGAAUACCUUUCUUGAACUUAUCAGAACGAAGGAGGACUAUACAGCCUCCUGGAAAGACUCAAGGGUCCGAAAAUGUUAGUAAAGGACACUUACGUAGGCCUCGUACGUUUGCCGUUGUUGUUAAUAACGAGGAGGAUGACGCGUGUAACAUUACGGAGACUUGGCAAGAAUUUUAAUUCUCUUUUGCAACAUGUGAGGAAGUUUAUUAUCGAACAAACUUUCAGCGUGAACGUUGCCUAGAAAUGCUAUAAAACAAGAAGCAGAAUUACUCAUAACUGCAUUUGUUUGUCAGACGGAACUCUCUACACGACGCAUACCUACGACUUCUCUGUGCGUUACUAUAAGUGCUAACUUAAUGAAUAAUUUUCUUUAAGUACCACUUUAUCUCUUUACCCGAAUUAUAUCGCGGUCAAAAUUAUCGUGUUGAAAAGUAGUGCCGGUCAU